GGAGGGGCGCCUCGCAUCGCCCACUCGCACCCGGAGCCCCGGCCGCGGGAGCUCGGGCGCCUCCUGGCUGCUGCUCUCCGUUCACCUCUUCCACCGCCGCCUCCCGCCCUCCCCUCCAGCAGCCCCGCGCUCCCCGCCCCCGCCCGGCCCCCCGGGCCCCGGGCCCGGCUCCCCAGGACCAGCCCGCGCCCCGGGCGCCCUCAUGUCUUCAAGAGGCGCCCUGCGCUGGCUGACGCGGUGCCUCGAUCGGAUCUCCAGGCCAGACCUCCGCUGCGGGGGCCGCCCCCGCCCGGCCCGGCCCGUGCUCCCCGGCGCCGCGCCCCGGGAGGGCGCCGAGCGCGGCCACCACCGCUGAGCCCCGGCCGUGCCGCCCCCGACCCCAGGCUCGGACCUCGGCCUCCGGGGGCGCGGGGGCCGGCGGGGGAGCUGUCGGCAUCCUUCGCCCUCCUGGCGGCGGCGGCGGCAGCAGGAGCCUCAGCCGCCGCCCCCCGCGCGGCCCCGGGAUCAGGAACCCGUCGCGCCCCCGACCCGUGGGGCGGAGCUCCGCGCUCCUGCCCGCGGCCCGGAUGGGGGCACUGGCUGGGACUUGGGGCUCCUGGAGUUAAUGUCCCGCCGGGGGUCUGCGGAGACCGGAGCCGAGGUGCCGCCGGCCGGGACUGCAGGAUGAAGCUAUGGGAUGUGGUGGCUGUCUGCCUGGCGCUGCUGCACACCGCGUCCGCCCUCCCGCUGCCCGCCGGUAAGAGGCCUCCCGAGGCGCCCGCCGAAGACCGCUCCCCCGGCCGCCGCGCGCCCUUCGCGCUGAGCAGUGACUCCACUAUGCCAGAGGAUUAUCCUGACCAGUUUGACGACGUCAUGGACUUUAUUCAGGCCACCAUUAAAAGACUGAAACGGUCCCCGGAAAGACAGAUGGCCGUGCUGCCCAGAAGGGAGCGUAAUCGGCAGGCUGCCGGCCCCGCCCACCCGGAGAGCCCCAGAGGGAAGGGCCGGCGGGGCCCCAGGGGCAAGAACCGGGGCUGCGUCCUCACCUCCAUCCACUUGAACGUCACGGACUUGGGUCUGGGCUAUGAAACCAAGGAGGAGCUGAUCUUCCGGUACUGCAGCGGCUCCUGCGAGGCCGCCGAGACGAUGUACGACAAAAUCCUAAAGAACCUGUCCAGGAGCCGGAGGCUGGUGAGUGACAAGGCGGGGCAGGCCUGUUGCAGGCCCAUCGCCUUCGACGACGACCUGUCGUUUCUGGACGACAACCUGGUUUACCAUAUCCUGAGGAAGCAUUCCGCCAAGAAGUGUGGCUGUGUCUGACCCCGGCUCCAGAGACCGCUGUGUAUGCAUUCCUGCUGCGGUGCAGAGAAAGGGACCAAGGUUCCCGGGAAAGGUUUGCCCAGAAUGGAAGAUGAGGACCAAGGCAGAGGAGGAGGAGGAGAGGAAGAAGACGUGUGGGAGCCUGGGACAGAGAGAUCCAGCUACACAGACCUGGACAGGAGAGGGAACGGCGUCUGGAUUCUCCCGGACAACAGCCGAUGCCACCAGAGGCCCAGGGCUGGUGACCCUGGGGCCGGGGUGGGGUUGCCAUGGUUUCAUCUGAUGCAGCCCACCGGCACCAGCCCACCAGCCCACCAGUCACGGGCACAGUUGCAGAUGCACUUGACACUAAGCCGGUGUGUCUCCUGUGGCCUGUUCUCACACAUCUGGAGACACCGGGGAAAUGGAAUCCUGGUGUCAUUCCUUGUCAUUGCGUUUUUACUGCUGAAAGCAAGAAAGGUUUAUUUUUGUGUCCCUCAGUGCAGACAUGCCCGGGGAGGAGGGGGGUGGACGGGAGGCAAAGACACAGAGACAGUAACCUUUGCAUCUGAAAGGUGGGGCCUGAGGGUUACUCCCACCAGUGUGCAGGGAGCCGCCGGCUGGUGGUUCUCUGGAGCUUGGUUCAUGGGGUGGGUAGAAGUUGGCUAGGAACCAAAAAGGCUGUCCUCAAGACUAAAAACCAACCUGCGAGUGUUUCCUCUAAGGCCUUGGAAACAGGAAACGGGUUGCAUUGUGUUUUUUUUUCCGGCAGCAUUCUUGCAGGAGAGCGAGCGGGGAAGGCCCCUGCCUCCCGGGGCCGGGAGACCCCGCGGCUGUCGGUUUACAGAGAGACACGUUACAUACACCCCAGCUCCGGCUGCGCGUGGUCACCAGUGACCAGAGAAGCUACUCGAUGCAAUGCAUCUGUUUCAGAUAACGGAAAAUAGAGAAAAGAUAUUUAUUGAGAUUUAAGUUAUUGUUAUUUAUUACCGUUCACUUAAUGAGUUUCUCUUUCGUCCCUUAUUUAUUAAAGUUUCUUUUCAAAGGUGCCAAAGUACAUGUGCUCGCAAAAUGCAAAGAAGGGUGACAAAGGAAAGUUUAAUUGGGAACAAAGGGUCCGUGCUUUUCAAAGUAUUAAGACAUUUUUCCGCUAGGCAAAAAUCACCUACUUUACCUUUUUAAGAAAAGCCUUCCUUCAUUUUUCCGGAUCGCAGCAUCUCCUCUGUUUUCCUUUCUUUCUCUCUUCCUUUUUACAGAAGAAAUGCGUCCGAAGGAGCAUGUCUGGCAGACUCCCUUCCUGGGAGGUGCGUGCCGAGACCCUCGGACCGUGGUUUUAUAUCUUUGUUAGCUCUUAUGCUCCAUGGAUUUAACCUCUUAUUCCCCACCACACAGAGCUGUCUGUGACAUGCACAACCAUAUAUAUGAAAGGUUAAGUUCCUUUUGGCGGGUGGUUCUGGACCCAACAUUGACCUAAAAGUAAUAUCCUGCCAGGUCUCCAGGGUUCCACUCUGAAUGGAGACUCUUCCUCCAUCCUUCCCGCCGUUCCUGAGAGCAUGCCGUGCCUGGCAUGGCCAACGGGGUCUGCGGGUCAUCAUCAAAGCCUUCAGGGUUCCACUCAGGUGACAGUGGCUGUCCCUGUGCAGUGACCCCUCCCAUGGAAAAAGGUGGCCCAGAAGGGUGGACGCGCCCCCCGAGUGUGCCACGUUCCGAUGAACGCCCUGGAGGGGAGGCAGGCGAAUGAGAACAGCCACCUCCAAGAGCCCAGACCCCAGCCUGUGGGUUGCCGGCAGCUGGUGCCUGCACAGUCCACCGUGCCCUGUGCCAGAGCGUGGGGCACGCUUCAUGAAAGGAAUUUUUACCGAGGAGAUCCUCUGUCACUGCCUGAGUGGCUGCUAGCCCCCACGUCUGACAGGGUUAGCCACAAAAAGACCCCACUGACCUCCCUCGAAUCCUAUUAAUCUCACAAAGUAACCAGGAGGCAGCAGUUACCAGACAUCCCUCUCCCCACCCCCAACACCCACGCUUGCCAUGCUUCUGCCCUUCUCCGUCCCUUCUCGCACAACUUGGGAAUGGAGGGAAGGCGCUUCCUCUCCCCAACCCUCCCCUGGGGCCAGAGCGGGGCACCCAGCCCAGCCCUCUGGUCACACCAGAAACAGCUAGAUGCCACCCCACCCAGAGGCGUCUGUUCCAUCCAGAGGCCUGGCAAGCUUGGGGGCUGGUGUCCCGGGGGCCACUCAGUGAGCCCCAGCUCCCCGUGGGGAGCCCCUGCCCAGAGGGCUGUAGGACUCAGUGGGUCCUACCCACACGCCGUAGCAUCGCCUGCACACCCAGCCGGUUCUAACGGAGCCCGUCCUCGCCAAGUGCACGGAAGGGUAAAGUUUGUGAUUUUUCUCUGUCGUUGCGAUCACCGCCUGGUCCAGUGAGGAGGGCCCUUCUUUGGAAGUUCUGACUUCUCUGAUCUGUCUCGGUCGUUUGUGUUACUCAACCAAAGUUCUCUACAGACUUUAUUUUUGUACAAUAUCAUUUUGUAACUUUUUACAAAUAAAAGCUCAUUUCUAUUG